AUGCGACGAGUCAAAAAGUCACGUAACGGCUGCGCGCGAUGCAAAAGCAAGAGGGUCAAGUGCGGAGAGGAGAAACCGCAUUGCAGCCGCUGUACUCGCUUAGGUGUUCGGUGUCCCGGCUAUGUCCAGUCUCUACGCUGGGUCACGAAGCAUGAGCAGCCCAGUCCCAACGCAUCUGAUGGGAAACCCAUGAGUCCGGCUGCAGAGAGAACUCCGGUACAAGUAAAUGAUCCGGCAGAGAAUGUACUGCCGCUAGAUGGCACUAAUGCUCGUCCAUCACAUGACACUGAGCCUCAUGCGUUCGGAUUAGAUGCUGAUUCAAAUACACUCGAUAACCUGUGGGGUUUGAGGGGCAAUGCCUCACUGCCAGACUUGGCAGAUCUAUGUCCGCCGUCUCCUGUACCGGGGACAGGCUUCUCGCCGCGAGAUUCGCCAUUUGACUUUGCGUCUGAAGAUACAGCCGCGGAUCAGUCUCGAUUCUUUUCUUUGAUCGGCCCUAUUGACGAGGAAGAACAGCCUGCGAACAUGUAUCGAGAUUUUUCGCCUUCAGCUAUCGUGCGCAGUUACCCUCCGAACUCACAGCGAGCUCCUCUGCGAGACUUUAUGUCUAUCUCACGUCCGCUGAACAAUCCAUCAUGGACUCUAAUUGAAUACUACUUCAAGGAAGUCGCUGCAUUGUUCUCCAGCUACGACAGCCAGAUGAAUCCUUUCCGCACCACCGUUUCCCGUCUAUGGGGCUCAUCCUUAGCCAUGUGCCGCACAAUGCAAAGUAUGGCAGCUGCAACGCUAGUCAAUGAUUUCCCUCAAUUUGGGCCUCUGGGUCGGAAGAUGCGAGACGAGGCUGUCGAUAUCAUCACCGGGGAGGCGGUCAUGGAUGACAAGUCCCUGCUUGCACUACUCAUGCUCGGUCAAACCGCGAGUUGGCAUGACCCAAAAGACCUAGGGAUAUCUUUCUUCAACCUACUCCGCAAGCAGCUCAACUCCUUAUCGUCCUCCUCGGAAUGCCCAAGCUACGGGUUCGUCAAGAGCUGUAGUAACAAUUACCGCUUCUUUGAAGAGGCUCUUAUCUACUGGGAAAUGCUCCUUUCUUUCGUGACAGAUAGCAAUUCCAUGGUAUUUUCCGACUCUUGCACCUACUCAUCAGACGAUCAACUCGUCCUCCAACGAGUUCCGCAUCCAUGGACCGGGAUCGCCAAGGAUACCCAAUUCACCGUGCACGAAGUCGGCCGCCUCGUCCGACGCGAGCGCAAACGCGUCCGCUCGCGAAACUUCACCUCUCAAGAAGAUAUCAACCGCGCACGAAUGGCCAUCGAAAAAGCUCAGGAACUAGAAAAGCGCCUCUUGGGCCUCGCGCAUCCCAGUGAAGCCGAAAUAGUUAGCCCAGGCGACGACGAAACUCCAGUCUGGCACCUGCUCACCAUGGCCGAAGUCUACCGCUGCACAGGUCUAAUGCAACUAUACCGAGUCUUCCCUGAUCUCCUGCGCAACCGACUUUCAACCCAAACCACACAAUACUCUACCACGACCUCAAAUCGCGAUCCAUUUUUCCCCAUCAAUCUAGACAGCAUGAACAUGUCCACGGGGUUCUCUGAUACAAGUCCAAACACAGCCACCAACACUUACUCAAAUCACACGCACACCCAUACCACGCCACCACUCUCUUCUCCCCCGAGUAUCUACCACCAAGCACAAGACGACAAGACUCCAGAAAGUCUUCACAACAACUGGCUCACUGAGUUCGCCAUCACAACUAUAAGCCGCCUAAAAACCAUCCCCCUCGAAUCCCGCACCCGCUGUCUACAGCCCUUCCUCCUUGUCGCUUCAUGCAGCGAACUCCGUCUCCCCCUCAAUCUCACCACGAAGAAGAUGAAAGCACCAACGAUUCCACGGAACCACCAACCGUAUCGAUGGAAGCUAUUGAAGUCUCGCAAACUCGGCGCUUCAUUCUUGGGAGGUUGA